CUGCAAUUUACCAAUCUCCUUCACCUUCUCUCUCUCCCUCAAGAUUUCGUCUGGGCAACAACGAAAUUCAAGCAAGAAUUGAGCUUCCUCCACGAAGAUCGCAUAUGCAGAAGUAAGUAAUCCCUCUUUCUCUCUACAUAUCUUCAUCGAUGUUUAACAAUUAAGUAGUCACUCUCAUGUUCCUAUAAAUUCCUUCAUAAUUCAAAUUCUCACAAUCUGCAUCAUCACUUCAAAACAAACCCUAGGACAAAGAAUUAGACCUCCUUGACACUCUUACAUAUCACAAUUCACAAUUAAACUCAAGAUCAAAGAAACCCAGAAGUAAAGAUCUGAAGACACCAAACUUCAGAUCCAGAAAUUCGCAACUAUGUCUUGUUUAGCUCUAUCUCUUCAACCCGCCAAUGGAUCCGACAUUCUGCUCCAGACCCGUGAAUGGUUCCCUCCUGCUCGAGCCCUCGUGGCGCUCUCAGCUUUUCGACAAACCCGUCUCGCUUUUGCCUCCGGCAAACAUCAAUCCGCCGAGGACGGCGAUACGUCGCUCGGUGACGAUCCACUUGCUGCGUCGAGCGGGCAAGUCAUUGUCGGCGUUGAGAGCCGAUACCGUGUUGUGUACCGUUUGGUAAAUUCGAUUUAUGUUCUGGGGAUCACCACAGUGGACCAAGAUGAUGGUGUCAACAAUGUGUUUGAAUGUAUUAGUAUUGUUAAUCAGGCCGUCAGUGUAGUUGUCACUGCGUGCCGGGGUGUUGACGUCACACCGGAGAAGUUAGGUAGGAAGUAUGCUGAGAUAUACAUGGCGUUGGAUAUAGUUUUAAGGGGCAUUAGCAAUAUUAGGCUUGCGGCAAUGCUUGCUUCGAUGCAUGGUGAUGGAAUUGCCAAGAUGGUGCAUUCAGCAAUUGCUACGGAGAAUAAGAUUAGGGGAGCUGAUAGUUGGAAAAAUGUAGAAAUUAAUUCACUUGAGCACCAGGCUGGUGUGGUGGCAUUUUCGAAUGCCACUUUUGAGAUGCCUGCGGAGGCAUUGCAGGCAGGUGAUGAGGUUGCUGUAACGCUUGUCCCCACGGGGCAGGGCUCGUUGAGUGAACAACAGGAUCAGCAAAAGCCAGGAGAGGAAGAGGUGGAGAAGGAUCCAUUUGCAGCAAGUGACGCCAUUAACAAGCCUGAGGAGCUUGUGGGCGGAUUUAAGAAAGAUAAGGGUUCUUCUAAUGAUUUGACAAAGGCAUUAGCAGGUCUUGAGGUUACUACUCUACCACCUGCGGCAGCUACAGAAUCAACACACAUUGGGGUUGAGGGGUUCGAAGGGGACUAUGGUGGUAUAGAGUUUAGUAAUGAUGGGUCUACUUUGCCUGAAGAUUUUGAAGGGCUCAAUCAAGCUUGGGGUGGGGGGUUGGAUGCAUCAGAGUUUGUGGGUUCAAAGAAAGUUCCGAAAUCCCAAGGGCUUGGUGGGCUUGAAUUGUUACAGACAAGUGAGCCUCCGCCAACUGCUGCUAAGGGAGCUGGCACUCCUCUUGAAAACCUUUUGGUGCAGAAAACUGAAAUGAAGGGCCCUGAGAUGUUCAUUUUAGAAGAGAUUAGGGCAGAAUUCAGGGAAUCUUUGCUUGCUAGAGCUGGCUUACAGGGCAUGGUCUACUUAAAAACAUUACCCCCGAAAUCUUCUGGUGAUAAAGAAACUGAGUUUUCCUUCAGAAUUGAAGGUACAAAUGGCAUUAAGAGAGUGGUUAUGCAAAGCUCUCGUGUUAGCAGCCUUGGAAAUGGGAUGUUUCAUGUGAGGACUUCAUCCUCGGAAGAGCCUAUACCAAUUUUAAAGUACAGUUUGUUACCCCGUGUAACUCCACUGCCUCUGAGGGUUCGCCUGAUUAAACGUCACAGUGGGACUUUACUUUCUGUGAUGAUACAAUAUGUUUCAAACCCAGAUUUGCCUGCACCCUUGAACGAUGUGACAUUUGUUCUGAAACUGCCUGUUGACCCAUCUUUGUUGAAGGUUUCGCCCAAAGCCAUCUUGAACAGGUCUGAGAAAGAAUUAAAAUGGCAUGUUCAAGAGAUUCCUCUCAUGGGAAAUCCGGGUCGGUUGAGGGCAAGGAUGCCUGUGGAUAGAAAUGAAGAAGACGGGGAAGAAAUUGAUGUUGUCUGCUAUGUGAAAUUUUCUGCCCAAGGGACUAAAUCAUUAUCUGGGGUUUCAUUAUUGCCUGCUUCUGAGGGUAAGACAGACUUUUAUGAGGUUAACCACAGGUAUGAAAGUGGGGUUUAUAUGUGCAAUUGACCAUGAUAAAUAUGAUCCACUGGUUACAGCUUGUGUUUGUUUUUUGUUCUCUUUCUUUUCAAUGGAUGAUGUGUUUGGAAAUGCUUAUAGCAUUCUUGUACUGCGGCUUUCAACUUGGAUUCAUUGUUCUGUUAACUUUUAGUGAAAAUGCAAUUCUGCUCGGGUCAUUAUCUUUUAAACUUUA